CCAGAAAAAUCUCAGAACAGAAACACACGAACACUUGUCUCCCAUGGCGUUCUCAGCGACUCUCUCUCAUCUUUCUUCUUUCUCGAGCCUCUCUUCUUCAAUUCCCAGGCCUUACAAAAGACUCGCAUUUCGGUCCCUGCCCAAAUUGACCGUCAAAGCAGAGGCAGAGACAGAGAAAGAGAAGACAGCCACACAGGCAAAGCCCGAGGGUGAAGCUUCCACCACUGCCGCCAAAGCUCCGAAGAAACCGGUUUACUCGAUGAAGAAGGGACAGAUCGUUCGAGUGGACAAGGAGAAGUACCUCAACAGCGUCAACUAUCUAUCCGUCGGUCAUCCGCCUUACUACAAAGGCUUGGAUUACAUCUAUGAAGAUCGCGGAGAGGUAUUGGAUAUCCGCAUUUUCGAGACGGGGGAGUAUGCACUUGUCGGAUGGGUCGGAAUCCCGACCGCGCCAGCGUGGCUACCGACAGAUAUGCUGAUCAAGUCUGAGAAACUGAACUACGAGCGACUAUGAGCCCGAAGAAUGCCAGCCAAGCUUCCAAGUGUGACUUGUGUUAUUUGUUGUGAAGAUGAAUCUUAACGGUAACACUCAGAUGUGAAUCUUAACGGUUACCAAUAUAUACACAUAUAUAUAACUGUAAACCCGAUCGAGAAAAUGAUGAAGGAGGUCGGACUGGAUCCGGUAAGAGAAGAGAGCGCCACUUCACAUGAAAACUUGUUGUCAAGCGUGUCUAUAUGUGCAUUUGGAGGCUUGUUUUAAUGAUUCCUGAAAUAAUUA